CUAAAACCAAGCAUUACUUCUAACAACCCAGCCAACACCAACAUCAUCACCAACAUGACCACCCAACUCCACUCCAUCUCAGAGAAACCACCCCUAGAAUCCAUUCUCAACAGCUACGAUCUAGAAAAAGUCGCCGCCCAAGAACUCAGCCAGAAAACAUGGGCUUUUUACUCGUCCGCCGCGACGGACAUGAUCACUCGCGAUGCCAACAAAACCAUGUUUGAUCGUAUUAUGCUCCGGCCGAGGAUUCUCCGGAAUGUCACCAGCGUCGAUACGAGGACGACAAUCCUCGGUUGUGAUAUGGGUCUGCCGUUGUUUGUUAGUCCGGCGGCGAUGGCUACGAUGGUGCAUCCGGAUGGUGAGCUGGCUAUGGCGAGGGGAUGUGCUAAGUAUGGUGUUGGGCAGUGUAUAUCCACGAAUGCGUCUUAUACAAUGUCUGAUAUUACAAAAUGCGCACCUGGCCAUCCAUUCUUCUUCCAACUCUACGUCAACAAAGACCGCUCGGCAUCAAAAGCGCUCCUGCAACAGGCAGAAGAAUGCGGCAUAAAAGCCAUCUUCGUCACAGUCGACGCACCAGUAGCCGGAAAACGAGAGGCGGAUGAGCGCGUCCCCGUUGGCAACUUUGAAGUCCCCAUCGCGCCGAUGAGUGCAGCCCAGGCUACCAACGACUCCAAGGGGGGCGGACUAGGCAGAACGAUGGGACAGUACAUCGAUGCGAGUCUCGAAUGGGAGGAUCUGAAAUGGCUGCGGCAGUCGACUAAGUUGCCGAUCGUGUUGAAGGGGAUCCAAACAGCUGAGGAUGCGUUGAUGGCUGCCGAGGCGGGGAUGGAUGGGAUUAUCGUGAGCAACCAUGGCGGACGGAGUUUGGAUACAUCCACCUCGUCGAUAGCCGUAUUAAUGGAAAUCCGCCAAUGCUGCCCACAAGUUUUUGAACGUCUCGAAGUGUUUGUCGAUGGUGGAAUCCGACGCGGAACAGACAUUAUCAAAGCGAUCUGUCUCGGAGCCAAGGCUGUCGGUAUGGGGAGACAGUUCUUGUAUAGCCUCACGUAUGGGCAAAAUGGCGUCGAGCAUCUGAUUGAGAUCAUGAAAGACGAACUCCAAACCACGAUGAGACUGCUCGGAAUUACAGAUCUCUCACAGGCACAUCCCGGUCUUCUCAAUACUUUGGAUGUUGAUCAUUUGAUUCCAAAAAGAUUGGGGGCGUCGCAUAGCGGGCCUGUCGUGAGGGCGAAGUUGUAA